UAGUCCUGUUGCCGCCCUCCCUCCUGUGGCUGUGAGAUCAGGGCAGGCUCCCAAGCACCUGUCCUGGUGGAGGGAAGCUGCAAAAACUACAUGCUCCACCACUCCCUUCGCAUGUCUGAUGAUGAAUGAUGCAGCUGCUUGAUCCCAAGCCAACCAGGAACUGCUGAGCGAAGCAGGGUAGAAAUGUAAAGGAGACUUCCUCCCCCAACACGCGCUCUCAAGGCCAACAUUGCAGUUAAGGAAAAUGGAGCUUGCAGAUCUACUGAAAUUUGCCUUCAUAGAAAUGAAUGGUACAGCAGUAACUGUGGCUCUGCUGAUGGGCUUCCUAGUCCUACUGUAUUGGUACUCCGUUUCUGCCUACUCCAGGCUGAAGAGGGUGGGGGUCAGACAUCCUCCACCUUUGCCUUUCAUUGGAAACUUGCUGUUUUUUCACCAGGGCUUUUGGGAAAAGCACACACAGCUGAUAAAGGAAUAUGGACCUGUUUGCGGGUACUACAUUGGCCGUCGUACAUACAUGGUGGUGUCUGAGCCAGAGAUGAUCAAACAUAUCUUAGUGAAGGACUUCAGUAACUUCACCAACAGAAUUACACCAGGACUAGUUUCCAAGCCAGUAGUUGACAGCAUUCUCUGUCUGCGUGAUCAAAGAUGGAAGGAGGUCCGGAGCAUGUUGACCCCAACCUUCACUGCUGCAAAACUGAAAGAGAUGACUCCGCUAAUAAACCAAGCAUGUGAUGUCUUGCUGAGUAAUUUGAAAGUUUUUGCAGAUUCUGGCAAGGCUUUUGAUAUCCAAAGGUGCUAUGGCUGCUUCACCUUGGAUGUUGUUGGCAGUGUGGCUUUUGGUACUCAAGUGGACUCUCAGAAGAAGCCUGAUGAUCCCUUUGUUAAGAACUGCAAGCAGUUAUUUGAAAUUUCAUUGCUCAGACCUAUCCUAAUUCUCACCAUUGCAUUCCCUUUUAUAAUGGUCCCACUGAUCCGGAUUUUACCGAACAAGAAACGAGAUGAAAUUAAUAGAUUUUUUAUCAAAGCCAUAAAGAACAUGAUUGCCGUGAGAGACCAGCAAGAUGUACAUGAGAGACGCAGAGACUUCCUCCAGUUGAUGCUUGAUGCCCGCAGUUCAGCUAGCUCUGUUACACUGGAACAUUUUGACUUGGUCAACAAAGCCGAUACUUCCAUUCAGGACCCUGAUCCUUGUGGUGAUGAAGCUCCGCCUAAAAAGCUUCAGGUGACAUUAACUGAAGAUGAGAUAGUAGGCCAAGCCUUCCUUUUCCUGAUUGCUGGGUAUGAGACCACCACCAGUGCGCUCUCCUUUGCCACCUACCUGUUAGCCACCAACCCAGAGUGCCAGGAGAAGCUGCUGCAAGAGGUGGAUGAGUUCUCUGAAAAACAUGAUGUCCCUGACUACCAGAAUGUGCAAGAACUUGCUUACCUGGAUAUGGUGAUUGCAGAGACCUUGCGCAUGUAUCCCCCUGCAUUCAGAUUUACUCGGGAAGCCUCAAAGGAUUGCGUAGUUAUGGAACAGCGAAUUCCAGCUGGGGUAGUUGUGGAAACUGCAGUUGGAUACCUCCAUUAUAACCCUGAGUUCUGGCCAGAACCUGAGAAGUUCAUCCCUGAGAGGUUUACAGCAGCAGCCAAGAAGCACCGCCACCCCUUUGCAUACCUCCCAUUUGGGGCAGGUCCUCGCAGCUGCAUUGGUUUGAGAAUGGGUUUGCUUGAGACAAAGAUGACCCUGCUGCGGAUCUUGCAGAAGUUCAAAUUUGAAAUGUGUCCUGAGACCCAGAUUCCUUUGCAGCUGAAGUCUGUAGCUACUUUAAGCCCAAAAAAUGGAGUCUACAUUAAGAUAGUACCUCGAUAAAGUAACAUCUCCAUUCGGGAAACAUUCACGGCAGAGGUCUCUUGUUCACCAGCUUGGAUGGAUUGGGAAUAACAUUUUCAAAACCACACUUAACUGAUUUAGGACCCUAAGUUGUCUUGAAAGUAAAUGGGAACAUAAAAAAAAAAAUCAGUCUAAAUCCCAUUGACUUUUAAUGGAACUUAGUCACCUGAGCCAUUUGUGAGCUUUUAAAUUUUUACCCAGGUAUAUUACUGUGAAUAGUCUCUGCAAAAACUCCUUAUUCUUUGCUGGUCUUAUAGAUCAUACACUUCCUUUUAUUUACACAAGGUUUUGUCCAGGCCUUAGUAUAUGUUAGAAGAGUAUGUCACCUUGCCUAUACUAGGCUUUUAUGAUGUGCACUAACUCCUAAUCUAGACAUACCUUGAGAGGCAGCACUUUGUCUGUUGGUUUUAGAACAGGAAUAGGAAUCAGGUGAACUUAGAUCCUAUUCCAGAUGCUGCCAAAAAACAGAGAACAAAUCAUUUUCCAGGGUGCUUUAAUACCUGCAUCUCUGUAGAAUGAAGAUGGUAAUGCAUUCUGCCCUUUGUAAAGUACAUUGCGGCAUUUAUAUUAAAGGUUUGCACAUUUCAUUCAACUUUAGUGUAUGAUGGAUAAGACACCAUUUGACAUCACUUAAAUAAGUUCUUAUAACCAAAAUCAGACCAAAGCAUGCUGUAGCACCUGAUUUGCUACUGAAUUUAAAAUGGUCAGAAGAGCAACAGGAAUUUCAAGAUUGAGCUGAAGUGGCUGGUGUAGCAGUCUGCUACACCAUCCAUUAAUGCCUUUCUGUGCUUUUCAGCUGGCACCACCAACAUUCAGUUCAUUGGCUCAGUGGCAAUGGAACCUGCCAGAGUCAGUGCCUAAAGUUGUGGGCUGGAAGCAACCCCUGGGGGCAAGUAAUUUCACACAUGCAUUCCUCACUCAACCAAAAUGGGAGAGAACUUGUCUGAAUAUCAGCCCUGGAGACUACGUUUACAUUCUGUGCACAUGCCCACACUCAAAUGCUCUCUAUUUUGUACUUCAGGUCCUGUGAUUUGGGAUCCAGGUGUCCAGAAUGCAAAUAUUUCUUUUGUGUAAAUAUGCUGAAGUAUUUUAAAACCCCCUUAAGUGGUAGGCUAUUGACAGCCCUUGUCCCUCUGCUUUACCUGUGACCCUUUGGGGUAGUUUUGGGUAGUGUGCAUUGUAGUCGUGUGAUAAGGUUGCGUAGGAGGGUUAGAGAAGCACUGAUAUGGGGUAGCAAUGAUUCUGCCUUGAGGAGGGGUUGGGGUAGAUGACCUUCUGACGUCUCUUCCAGCCCUUCUUUUCUAUAAUUCUUAUGUCUCUAGGAAUCAGCUGGGGCAAAGUUUUAAUUCGCCGCUCUCUCUAAGUCAGUGGCUCCCAACCUCGGGCCAUGACCCAAAUCAGGGGUGCAGGGGGUUCACCCCUCUCGCCUGUGGGGCUCUCCUGGCACACAGUCCGCAUGGCUCUCACUGCCACUGCUCCCCAUGAUCCCGGCCCAGCCCGGGCUUUGCUGGCGCCACCAGGCAUGAGUAAGUUGGUGGCGGGGGUUGCGACCUGGAUUUAGGGUCGCAGCAAAAAAAAGUUGGGGAGCCACUGCUCCAGAUGCUGCCUUCAUCCUCUCCCAGACUGGCUAACAGCCAAGCCAACGUUCUAGGUCACUGCAGGAAGUUCUACCACAAAACCAUGGUAGGAGUCAACAGUGUAGACAGCGGGCAGUGAUAAAACAGCAGAUUCACAAGCACUUGGGGUUUUGGUUUUUAGUUUUCUUUAGGCUUCAGAGCCUCAUUUUCACCCACGGCUUAACUUCUGAAGAUGGACAUGUAGGUUUUAUAUU